UGUUUUUUUUAUCUAACCAGAGGUCACUAGCUUCAUAUAUAAAAAAGCAUGCUUGUUCAAAUGCUAAGACUGAGGAUCUAUGGGCUGCACUUGAGGAAGGAUCUGGUGAACCUGUGAAUAAGUUAAUGACCACAUGGACUAAGCAGCAAGGAUAUCCUGUUGUAUCUGUUAAAGUCAACAAUCAGAAUUUGGAGUUUGAUCAGUCACAAUUCUUGUCAAGUGGUGCUCAAGGGGAAGGCCAAUGGAUUGUUCCAAUAACAUUAUGCUUUGGCUCAUAUGACGUCCACAAAAAUUUCCUCUUCCAAACAAAAUCUGAAACACGUGAUGUUAAAGAGUUACUCGGUUCCCCGAUUACCGAAGACAGCAAAUCUUGGAUUAAAAUUAAUGUGGAGCAGGCUGGUUUCUACAGGGUGAAAUAUGAUGAGUUGCUUGCUGCUAAACUUAGAUAUGCAAUAGAGAAAAAAAUAUUAUCUCCAUCAGACCGGUUUGGAAUUUUGGAUGAUACAUAUGCACUUUGUAAUGCUCGCAAAGAAUCAUUGACCUCCUUGCUUAACUUGAUGGCAGCUUAUAGGGAGGAAGAUGAUUAUACUGUGCUCUCUAACCUGAUAUCAAUAAGUUCUAAAGUUCAAAAUAUUGCAGCUGAUGCAGUUCCAGACUUGCUAGAUUAUUUCAAACAGUUUUCUAUUAAUGUUCUCCAGUACUCUGCAGAGAGGCUUGGUUGGGAUCCUAAACCAGGAGAAACUCAUGAUGAUGCGUUGUUGAGAGGAGAAAUUUUGACUUCCCUUGCUGAAUUUGGACAUGAUCUGACACUGGAUGAAGCAAGCAGGCGAUUCCAGGCUUUCUUAGAAAACAGAAAUACUCCACUUCUUCCACCUGAUAUAAGAAGGGCAGUUUACGUGGCUGUAAUGAAACGGGCAACCAAAUCUAACCGCUCGGGUUAUGAAUCACUUCUGAAACUAUACAGAGAAACUGACCUAAGUCAGGAGAAAACGCGUAUUCUGGGUAAUGAAAUAUCUUCAGUGAAGGCAUAACAAGGUAUUUGGAUG